AAUGACAAAUUCGAGCGACGAUCGUCUGGCAUUAGAAUUUGUAGCCAGUUACUCCUGUUUAACUUUCAUCAUCUUGGCCAUUUUCGCUGUUUCGUUCUUUCACUAUCAUUGGGAAAAUAGGGAAAAAUAUCAAAGGCGGAAACUUCGUAUUCAAGCAAUAAAAGAACACGGCAAAACAGAUAGGAUUCCUGUCGGUCCUUUUAAAGCGCCUCCGGACACUGUUCUAGUACGAACAAGGAUGACAAUGUUAUAUAAUAAAAUUGACGUUAGGCCUAUCGUAACUCAUUUCGCAAUGGGCUUGCACGAGGACUUAUCACUCGAAGAUUGGCAGCAAAUAUGUAAAUCACCAAUGGGGCAUAAAAGGAAGAGAUUAAAUCAUAGCUCCAUGAGAAGGGAUCUUGGGAUGUUCAAAUCGGCUUUAUCUAGUUCAGAUAAUUCUAGUUUAGGUAAAACUGAUUCUGAUAGUGAUUAUACAGAAAUAGAGGAUUGUGCUCACGAGGAUCCUAAUAGAAAGAAAAAGAUAGAAAAACUUAAUCGAACAAAUAUGAAAAGACGAAAGACUCGAUUUGGAGGUCUUAGUGUUAGUGUUAGUGUUCUGAAUCACGCGAAUUAA